UUAGAGGUUAUGUUGACAUAUGGUUUUCGAUACAUUUGUAAUGGAGGUACGAAAGUAAGAGGUAGUUGUUUUGUACGAAGCAAAGUCUGUGAUAGAAAUUAUAGUCGUAAUAUUUAGUGAAGUAAAUAAUAUCGUGUAAUUGAAAAGAUAGAUAAUCCUUUCUUACAUUAAGAUAAAAUAAAUUAUGUACAAAUGUUUGUCCUCGCGGAAUUAAAAGAUACGGUUAGAAUUCCACCAUGGGAAUUCAAGCGAAAAUUAAACGACGCUAUUACGGAUGAACUUAACAGAAAAUUAGCUAACAAGGUUUACAAUGACGUUGGUCUUUGUAUUGCUCUUCAUGAUAUUACAAAAAUCGAGGAAUCGUAUAUUUUUCCUGGAGAUGGUGCAUCUCAUACCAAGGUAGUAUUUCGUUACAUUGUGUUCCGUCCAUUUAUGGAAGAGAUAUUAAUAGGAAAGAUACGAAGCUGUAGUGUCGAUGGUGUCCAUGUGACAUUAGGAUUCUUUGAAGAUAUUGUGAUACCACCUCAUAAACUGCAACAUCCAUCCAGGUUUGAUCAAAUGGAACAAGCAUGGGUGUGGGAGUACGACACAGGAGAUGGUGAAAAACAUGAUUUAUUUAUGGAUGCAGGCGAAAUCAUAAGAUUCAGGGUAAUAAGUGAAACUUUCACUGAAGCACUACCUACAGGGCCAAAUAUGUCUAGUGAGUCUGAGACAUCAAAAGCUAAAAAUACAUCUCCAUAUAGCUUAGAAGGAGCUAUCGAUGAGCAAGGUCUUGGAUUGCUCACAUGGUGGGAAAAUACCUGAGAGUACAAAAAUAAAUUCAGAUCAAUAAAUUUUUAUUUCACAGCACAUUCCAUCGUAUUAUUAUGUAGCACUCUUAUAAGUUAUAUUCAUGACUCGCGUUGCAUGCGACCCAAUCUCAGAUAGAAUUUCUGUGCGGAUAUAUAUUUAUAUAUUUAGUUUUGAUUGGUAACAGAAUUAUUAAUUGUAUAUUUAUACAAUAUAUACAAAGACAUGUGCUAAACAUGUGGUAACACGCAAAAAAUUUCAGUUCGGUUGGAAAUCGAGGUAUGCUAAAACAUCACACAGAGGUUAUUUGAUAAUAUGAAUUUCAACAUAAAAAAACGUUGCACUUUAAGCUACAACGGCAGCGUAGAACUCUCUUUCAGUACCUCACGUGCUGACUUGGAGUAUUAGUGUCUGACACUGAUUUGUUUUAAAUAACCGUCAAAAUACUUAAUGGUAUUAAACACAUAAAAUACGUCUUUUUUUCUAUAUUGCGAUAUAUCAUUACAUUUAAUGAAAAAACAUUCGAGAACUUAGCUAAAUAUAAGCCUUAAAUAUAUGAAACAUUAAUUACAUGACAGCAGAAUAUACAUAGGUAAAAUAUAAGUUAAAAAUUUUUUUUCCUUCUCUAGGACAAUACAUACAUGUGCAAUGAUCUUUAACGCUUUUUUUCUCUUUUUUUUUCUUUUAUUUGUUUAUUUAGCAACACAUCAUCAAACAAACUAAGAACUUUCAGGACCUUGUAAUUUUAAAAUAAAAAUUCUCGUUAAUAGACGUGACCGGAAUGUUUUUCUCUUUUCGUUACUUUUUUCUUUAUAAUUAUUAAGGUGGUAAUUCGUUUCUUUCAAAAAAGCAACGCAUCUAGCACGUUGACAGUUACGCGCGUUUUCAAAAUGUUGAAGCAGGUUAAAUAUCCUAAACAUAUGUAAUUGGAGUAGAACAAUAUACGUAUAAUAAAAAUUUAUCACAGUUCUAA